ACAGUGUUUGUGUUCGGAUGACGUAAUUGGUGGACUGUCCAAACCAUGAUGAUGGCGGCGGCAGCAGCAGCUACAGCGCUGGAGUUGGGCGGCGGUCCUGGUUCUUCUCCCUCCGGUUCCUCCCGGCCUGCAGCAGCGGAUUACUCGGUGCUGGUGGUGGUGGGAUCGAUGCGGCCUGCUGGCUUGCUGGAACGGCUGCUGCGACAGAUAGACUCGGGUGUGCGGUGUUGGCCUGUGGAUGUGGAUGUUUCUGUUCUCGAUCAGCAGCUGAAACUCUUCGUGUCCAGACACUCGGCCUUCCUGUCAGAACACGUCCCAGGUCAGCGGACUCUGCAGCACAGCGGAGACGUUCUGGACACUCAGGUUGUGGUGAAUCCGGCCCAUGACUUUGUCUGCUCAGAGGUCCGGCGGCUGAUCUGCGACUCGUCCCGGCACAAACUGUUGAUCCUGGCUGGUCAGUGUGUCGAAGACACCGGAGACAUCGUGUUACAGAAAGGCUGCUUCUCUCUCAACCACUUCCUCCACAUAUUUGCAGAUGAAGAGGUUGGAGAGUUGUUGAGCUCUGCAGACCCAGCAGUAAAGGCCAGCCUCACCGUCAGCUGUCCAAACUAUGGUCUUUGGAAGGACUCUGUGUUGGAGAGACACAACCUGCAAGACUUCAUAAACAUCCAGAUCAACCCUCCCCCUGUGCUUCCAGAGAUGGAGGGUCUACAGGAGUUCACGGAGUACCUAUCUGAGUCACUGGAACCCGAGUCACCCUUUGACCUCCUGGAGCCCCCAAGCACCGUGGGUUUCCUGAAACUCUCACGCCCCUGCUGCUACAUCUUCCCUGGUGGAAGGGGCGACUCUGCCUUCUUUGCUGUUAAUGGUUUUAAUGUCCUGGUGAAUGGUGGCUCUGAUCCCCGAUCCUGCUUCUGGAAACUGGUUCGACACCUUGACAGGAUCGACUCUGUGCUCCUGACCCACAUUGGUGUGGAUAAUCUCCCGGGACUGAAUAGUCUGCUGCUGAGGAAAGUAGCUGAGCAGGAGGAAGACUCUGCUGGAUCUCGGACUGAAGAGGACUGGAUGAAAAACCUCAUCUCUCCCGAGAUUGGGGUGGUCUUCCUCAAUGCACCUGACAGACUGAAGUCCAUACAGGAAGAUCCCAGCGAGCUGCGGAGUUGUGACCAGGUGGCACUCACUCUGAAGCACUUGGAAAGACUGGCAAUCAAACCCGAACCCAUCAGCCGGCCUAACGGAACCUGUAUAGAACCAGUUAUCUUGUUUCAAAAGAUGGGAGUUGGCCGCCUGGAGCUGUACACACUGAAUCCAGUCAGCGGCAGCAAAAACCUUGAGACUUUAAUGCAGAUUUGGCCAAACAGUGAAUCAAAUGCAAAGGGUUCAGAUCUUCCACUUCCAUGCCUUGUUUCCAUUUGUGCUUUGCUGGUCUGGCACCCUUCCAACCCUCAGGAGAAGAUUGUCCGUGUCCUUUUCCCGGGGUGCACACCACAGACCAAAAUUCUGGAUGGACUUGAAAAACUCAAGCAUCUAGAUUUCCUCAAACAUCCUGUUGUGUGUUUGAAGGACUUAGACACAUCAAAAACUGAGAAACAACCCAAAAGAGCAGAGAGUCGUGAAAGCCUUAAGUCUCAGUCCAAGGACUUCAGACCUAGUAGUGCCUUGCAAAAAGAGAAACUUGGACGAGUAGAUGUGAAAAAACAGGAGGUAAAAACGAAGCCAAAAGCAGCAGGAGACACUGUGGCUAAAGAAAAGAAAGAUGGGGGAGAAAAGUCCAAACUAAAGGACACAGAUGCAAAAUCAAAACCACUUAAACCUACUGAAAAGCUUGUUCCAAAGAAAGAUGGGUCAAAAGAAGAGAAAAGGGAAGUGAGAAAGGACGAUAAGGCGCCUGCUUCUGUUGUGAAGAAAGAAGAAAGCGGAGAGAAAAAAAAAGAAAUAGUAAAGAAGGAACCUGUAAGUACAAAACCAAAGAAAGACUUUAAGGCCGAACCAAAAAAAGACAACAAGAAGGAUUCAAAAACAGAGGAGAAUAAAACUGCCAAAGCAGCUGUUAAAGACAUGAAGAAAGCAACAAGUGGAGUUUCAAGUGCAGCAUCAUCAGCAAGUACAGAAGUGAGGAAAGCUUCAGGAAAGAGUGGGACUUUAAAGAAAGACAGCACUCUUUCAAAGAAAGACACUUUGAAUAAAGGGACAAGGAGUAAGGCAGGUUCAAAGGAGCCGGAAAACCAGAAGGAGGCAGAUCGUUCCAAGGUGUCGGCACCUGAGGACAUGGCGGCUGAAUUUGAAAGACUUAGAUUGGAAGAUAACAAUGGGAAUAGUGGCCAGAAGGUUACUGCAGUCAUGAAUUCUGAUGGAUCAAAGGCCAAUGGGAACCAGACCUCGACAGUAGAGAGUCCAGAGAAGUUUCGUUGUAAGGAGACAGACCAGGACAUGCCAGUUGGGGGCUCUUUGAAAAAUGGAUCAGAGAAUCUCUGUGCGAGCUUAGAGGAAAAGACUCUGGAGCUGGUCUCUUCUGCAAGACAUAACCUUUUCCACCAGUCCCCUGAAAAGGACAUUCAGGUUAUAAGUGGGGACAGUGACCUUGCGGUGAGAGGAUCCAGUCUGGCCCUGGAGGAUCACAACCAGGGAGGGUCUUGCAGGACCUCUGACCUGAGCUCCAUGAGGGAAGGCCUGGACAACUCCAUGUCUUCUCAGGACAAACAGUCCAGUCUUUCAAUGCUCAGUCCUUUCAGAGACAUUAUGCCAGAUUCCUCCUCAACCAUGACCUACUUGCCAGCUGAAGUCGGCUCUCCACACUCUACAGAAGUUGAUGAAUCCCUGUCUGUAUCGUUUGAGCAAGUGCUGCCACCAGCAGCAGUAUCACCCAAAGGAUCCAUGGGAAUCUACUCUAACGGACAUGUUAGCGACUCAGAUUCCAACACUGAGAUGGCCUCACCUCUGAGAUCCAACCGUGAAGGCCAUUAUGGAAAUGGAUCAGAGGAACACAUCCAUAGGAUGUCAGAAGUCAUUUCGGGUGUUCCUCAUGAUGUUGAUCUCUGCUUGGUGUCGCCUUGUGAGUUCCAGCACCCCAAGACUCCGGAGAGUCAUCAGCAGCAUGUUAGUCCCGGCCUCGCCACCGGUGACACACCAGACAUCUCUGACAACAACAACCACUCACAGGAUCAAAGCAGCAGUGACCGCCCAUCGACUUACAGCCAGGAAACUCCACCCACAUCAGUUAGCGACUCGCUCCCCACAGCCACAGACUCUGAUAUUCCCCCUAAUACGGAGGACUGUCCUUCCAUCACGGCAGAUAUCGACUCCGAUGAUGACUCCAGUAGCCUUUUCCCACCCAAUCACCCACAAGAUUAUCCCAGCCAGCAGCACUCCCACAUGGGAGGGCAGCUUUCCUCCCAUGACCCGCCACCAGCCCCGGUGAAGGAUUUGCCGCCAUUACCACCACAGCCUGGAGCCUGCAUGGCCGAUGCAGAGGUUGACGGUUCAAGCAAGAACCUGAAGGGUUCAGCUGCCAAGAGCAAGAAACCAACAGGCACAACACAGAAGGUGACCUCUGGAAGUACCGCAGUCCACAACGGAAAGAGCAAAGUCGGCAGCGCCAUGGGGUCACUAAAGAUGACCACCAGCCUAGACACAAAGCCAUCAACCCGAAAUUCACUUGGAGGCUCCAGAAUUGCAUCUGCAAAAUCUUCAUCCUCAGCUUCCAAAGCUGCAGGUUCCGCAGGUUCUGAUGGUUCUGUGGUCUACGUGGACCUUGCCUACCUGCCCUCUGGCUUUGCAGCCUCCACCGUGGACCUGGAGUUUUUCAAACGUCUUCGCUCCUCGCAUUACAUCAUCAGUGGAGACGAUCCUGUGAAGGAGGUGGCCAUGAGGAGCAUCCUGGAUGCUCUGCUGGAUGGGAAGGGCAGCUGGCCAGAGGUUCAGGUGACUCUGAUCCCAACGUUUGAUUCGCUGGAAAUGCAUGAGUGGUACCAGGAGACCCAUGACAAGCAGAGGGAGCUGUCAAUCACUGUGCUGGGCAGCAACAGCACUGUAGCCAUGCAGGAGGAGACCUUCCCUGCCUGCAAGGUUGAGUUCUGAGCCCCGCCCACUUCACCUCUGACCUCUUUACAGGUGAACGAGGGGAUGGAGAGACUUUGGUUGUUGCCAUGGUUACAAGCAGAAGGGCUCGAUGAAAGGAUGGAGUUCAGUAAGGUUACCUUAGAAAGCCGACGGCUAAAAGCCCCUCACACUUCAGUUACGUUUUUUUAACUGAAGUAUAUAAGAAACGGUUUCCUUUACAUUUCCUGCACCUGUGUGACAUCACUGCACGGUUACCACCUGUCACUUCCUGACACUUCCUCACACUUCCUCACUGCUGGAUCAGGACCCUAUGCUCACCUGUUAGCAAAUGCUAACACAGCAGCAGGAGCAACACUGGACCUAAAUUAAACGAUAUCUACCAAGCACAGAACAGACAUACAAAUAACACGGAUGCAAAUAUAAUAUAUACUGUACGACAUUAGUUGAUAGCUAAUAUCCUCUUUUACACAGCCUGUUCAAAGUGAGAAUGUUGUGUCAUCAUUCAGCUUCUUUGCUUUGUAUUAAAGGUACGAAGGUGUAAAGGAGGGUCAUUGUUGUUUGGCCUCUGGGCAGCAGGUAGUAACAGAUUCGAAUCCAAAGAUGGUGACUUCUGGGAGCUCCUGAGCCUCCAGAAGUUUUCUCGUAACUAAGUGAUCUUUUUCCUCGCAAUUCUGUGAAAGAUAUUUUCUCUAAGAUAGCAAAUUAAUCAGGCGGAAGCCUCGUGUUUUCCUUGAUUGAAUGCGACAGCAUUUCAGUUCAGUGAAGAAAACAUGCUGAAGCUUCUGAUCCAGCAGAGAGUUUUUACAUACUCACACAUAAAUUGGUUUAAAUGAAGAGAUAUUUGGGACCACAGCUUUGUGAUCACUUUUAUCAUGUGAAGGUUUAAACACGACUGCAUGUGGCACAGAGCUGCGUUUGUAGUGAAGACGAGUCACUUUGGGAAAACAUUUCCACUUUGUUCAGAUGCAUAGACUUCAUUUUUACUUUGUGAAUUUUUGAUGAUUAUUCUGUUCUGAACCAUCCAAAAGGUUCAUCAGGUAGAAACAUUUCAUGUUAUUCCCUUCGCUUUGGUCUGUGGCUCUGAAUACUACAUUACCCAUGAGCCUCAGCUGUCGUAUCGUGUUCAGAGCUGAACGUAGCUUCACUGUUAGCUGCCGAAUCGAUUCAAAUGUCUGAAUCUUUCCACCUACAAGGACCAAACAACAGAGUGUGGAGUUCUCUGAUUGGAUGAUUGUUAUGGCAGUGCUCUCUGGGACUUGUAGUACUUUUCAGAUGAUUUAAAGCAACCAGUUGAGCCUGUGGGGUGGAAAUCAGAAUAUCAAUAUUCAUUCACAGCGUUCCGUGUUUUUUAUUUUAUUUUUUGUUCUUUUAAUGUUUAUCUUGUUUCGUAAUUUAGAAACAGCAACUGAAACCAUGAAGAUAAAACUUGAUUGUCCUUUUGUAUUUCUGCCUCAAAAAACACAAACAUUUCAAUCUUUAAUUUAUUUAUUUAUUUUGUUUUUCUUUUCCUUAAAAAUCGUCUUUUUUUGAAAUCACGUCUGCGUUUUGAGUCUGAACUUUGGUACGAGCUCCUUACCAACUUCUAUCACUGAUCAGCUGAAUUUAAAUAAGAUAAUUUAAGAUAAUGUUUGAUCCUUAAAUGUUUCACACCUUUAAAUCACGUCCAGAUUUGUUGAUAUAAAUAAAAAUAUUUUUAAGGGCUAAAACACAGAAAUGUCUUUAAAAAAUUUAAAGAGUUUCAGUUUCUUGCCAAAGUGUUUUUUUUUUUUUUUAGAUUGGAUAACGAAACCCUGAGUUAAAGGAGCAGAAGACUGUUUUUAUAAUAACAUCGCAGUGUAACUGUUGCGAUACAAUAAAAUGACAUUCAGCCAUGAAGUUAAAAUACUGAGACAUAAAAAUUGAGGUUAUUCAAAGUCUUAAUUUGGAGAAAUAAAAGCCACAUUUUAAAAUAAAUAUGAACAUGAUAAAGUACAAUUUAUGAUUUAAUAAUCAGAUAUUUUUCAAUUGAUAUUGCAUUUUAAUUAAGAUAUAAUAUACGUUUAUAAUACUAUAAUGUGCCUUUUUCUACUCAAAUUAUGACAUUGUCAAAACACUUUGACCUUUUUUUGCACGAUUGACUUUAAAAUUAAAUUUUAAAGAAUUAAAAUUAACAUGUUCUAAGAAUAAGGUUAAAAAUAUUGUUACUUUCUCUGAAUAUUUUCAAACUUUCUCCAAAUAACGAUUCAUCGUAUCGUAACUUGAGUAAGGACACCUCGGAUUUCUUUUUCUUUCCUGACAAACUUUGCUGUUCUGCAGACGAUCUUUUCAGUCGGGUUUUAAUAGAGCCGAUGUUAAAGCCAUAAAUUUAUUAAGAGAGACGUGAUUUAUUUUGAAAAUGCCCCUCCUCAACACACACGCACACGCAGAGGUAAUGUGUGUAUUGAAACACUAAUUUUAAUGAUUCUUUCAAAAUAAAAGAAGCCUUUGACAGAGUG